AUGAAUUCUCUUAAGAGGAAGAGAAUUAGUGCUAUCAUUAAGAAAUCUAAGGCGGACAUGUUCUUGAUUCAAGAGACUAAGAUUACUAGUAUGGAGGAUGGUUGGGCUAAAAGUUUUUGGAACUCUUCGGAGAUUGGGUUUUCCUUUUCAAACUCUUUGGGUAGGUCGGGAGGCUUAAUCACAUUAUGGGAUAGAAAUAAAGUGGAGGUUGUGAGUAGUUUUAAAGGUGAUGGGUACUUGGGCACUAAGGUGGAAUGGAAGAAUAGUUUCUAUUACAUUGUUAAUAUUUAUUCUUCUUGUCUUUUGAGCAAAAAGAAGGAGUUGUGGAAGAAGCUUUUGGAGUUACAAGAUGCCUUCAAAGAUGGUGAGUGGAUUUUGGGAGGGGACUUUAAUGUCAUUAAAAAUUCUAGUGAAAGGAGAGAGAGGACGGUGGCGGUGAAUCAUGUUGAAAUGGAUCUUUUUUCGGAAUUCAUUGAUGAAAGUCUUUUAGAGGACAUCCCUUGCAAAGGCAAAAAGUUCUCUUGGUUUAGUGGGGAUGGAAAAUCCAUGAGUCGUCUUGAUCGCUUUCUUGUUUCUAGUAGUAUUGUUUCUAAGUGGGGGGUGGUUGGUCAAUUAAUUGGUGAUAGAGACAUUUCGGAUCAUUGCCCGGUUUGGAUUUUGAAAGAUAAUGCGGAUUGGGGACCGAAGCCUUUUAGAUUCAACAAUGAGUGGUUCUCUCUUGAUUCCUUCCUUCCUUUUGUGGAGAAAGAAUGGAAAAGCAUGAAGGUGGGAGGAAGAGGCGAUUUCAUUCUCAAGGAAAAACUCCGCUUACUAAAAGAUAAAUUAAGAAGGUGGAACAAAGAGGUUUUUGGGAAGAUAGAAUUGGAUAUGGAAGAUGGAGUUCGGGACUUGAACAUAGCCGACGAAAGGUUAGCUUCCUUUAAUGAUGCUUUUUUUUAUGACAAUCUAGCUUUGAGGAAGGAAUCUAGUGCUAAUUUUUGGAGGAAUUUGCGGCUAAAAGAGAAUAUGCUUCUUCAAAAAUCUAGAGUGAAAUGGAUUAAGGAGGGAGAUUCUAAUAGCGGUUUCUUUCAUAAGAUGAUGAAACAAAGGAGAAGGAUAAAUCAUUUAGGUCCCAUUUUCACCCCGGAUGGUGUGGCGGAGUCGGUUGAAGAUGUCAAAGGUACGGUGUUUAGUUACUUUGAGCAUAAAUUUUUAGAAACGGAGGAGACUAGGCCGGUCGUGGAUGGUAUCUUUUUUAAUUCUAUCAACGGUAUGGAAGUGGCGGAUCUUGAGAAGCUUUUUCUAGAGCCCGAAAUUAAGGAAGCGGUGUGGGAGUUGUAA